GAAAUUGCCCCCCUAAAAACAACCUCAGUGAAUUCAGAGGAAGAGGACCAUUGGAGACUGGGCAGCAAGAACCCCCAAGAUGAGGAUAGCCAUCCUCCUGAGCCUUCUGUUCCACAUGGCAGCUGCUUUUCAUGAACUAUAUUACCUGGUGGUGAUCCCUGCAGAUCUCCGCUUUCCAUCCACCCAAGCUGCCUGUCUCCAUAUCACCUGUUACAAAGCAAAGAUUCAAGUGAAACUCAUCUUGGAGCGCUCUACAGGACAUCAGCUCUUAGUGCAAGAAACCAUGCAUAAGGAGAAAACUUUCAUGUGUUCUAAUUUCUGGGUUGGACCUCCAGCUGAUGGCACAGAGGAAAUUGCCACUGUCAAACUGAUCAUCACAGGUGAAGAUGUCAACAUUGAGGAGAAGAAAAAGGUCUUGAUCCGUAAGGCCAGCAGUGGCACCUUCAUCCAAACAGACAAGCCCAUCUAUCAACCAGGGCAGACAGUGAAAUUUCGCGUUGUGACUCUCGAUGAGGAAUUCAUUGCACUCAAUGAUUCGAUUUCCCUGUUUCUCCAGGACCCGAAGAACAACCGGAUAGAGCAGUGGCUGAAUGUAGUCCCCCAGGAUGGCAUUGCAGAUCUGUCUUUCCAGCUAAGUGAUGAGCCUGUGCUGGGGACAUAUGUUAUCAAUGUAACCAACGCAAAAGCAUACGGCAGCUUCUCUGUUGAGGACUAUGUGCUGCCAAAGUUUGAAGUGAUCUUUGAGAUGCCAAAUCAGAUUUAUGCACUAGAUAAAACCUUCCCACUCCGGGUAUGUGGCAGAUACACCUUUGGGAAAGGCGUCCAGGGAAUGAUUAAUGUGAGCCUUUGCCAGAAGAUAGCCCCAUUCCUGCCCAGUGCUUCUAAACCUGAUCUCUGCCUGGAACUUGACAACAAGACUGAUGAGACAGGUUGCUUCUUCACAAAUGUGAGUCUGUCCUCCUUCAGUCGAGACUUUCGGUACUAUCAAGACAGCAUAGUUGUGGAGGCCUCACUGGUGGAGAAUGGCACAGAGAUACACGUCAAAGCUUCCCACAAACUACUCAUCUCCAAGAUUGGCGGGAUGGCCUUGUUUGAAGAUGUGAAUUCUUACUACCACACUGGAGAGAUGUACAAGGGGAAGAUUAAAGUCAUCGACUACCAAGGCAAGGCACUGAAGCACAAAAAAGUCCUCCUUGUAGUAAGCUGUGGUGAGCAGCAAUUUAAGCAGAAAUACAUCACUGGAGACUGUGGGAAAACUUUAUUUAUCCUGAACACAACUGCCUGCAACAGCACGUCGGCUUCCUUGGAGGCAAGCAUCCUGAGUCAAUAUUUGGAUAAAGAGCCUGGGGCAGUUGAUUUGAGUUACCAGCGAGCCUCUCAUUUCAUACGCCCAUUCUACAGCACCAGCAGGAGUUUUCUCUCUAUUGUCCGUAUACCAGAAAUGAUGCCCUGUGGCAAAACGCAGGCUAUCCAGGUGGAUUACAGAAUUUACCAGGAGGACCUGGAACAUGGGCCCAAGCGUGUCAUUUUCUCCUACUUUGUCACAGGGAAAAGAGGGAUAGUCCAUGCACAUCAGAAGAUUGUUUGGGUUGGGCUCCCGGAAAUGCUGAAAGGCUUCUUCUUCAUCCCUCUUACCUUCAGCUUGAUCUACGGCCCAUCUCCAAGACUUGUUGUUUAUGUCAUCUUCCCUAAUGGAAAAAUCAUUGCUGAUUCUGCUAUCUUCAGUAUCUCCACGUGUUUCAGAAAUAAGGUGGAGCUGGGCUUCUCAACAUCCAAGACCCUUCCUGAUUCAGAGGUUGGUCUCCAUCUGCUGGCAGCUCCUGGGUCCACGUGUGCUGUCUGGGCUGUGGAUCAGAGCAUCCUUUUGCCAAAGCUGGGAAAAGACCUCAGUAGCAACAUAAUCUAUGCACUGUUCCCAUCUCUUUAUAACUCCAGAUAUCCUCACCAAGUGUCUGAAGAUGAUUAUUCAUGUGGACCAUCAGAUUUUGAUGAGCCUGAUGUGUUUACAACAUUCAGGGAAAUAGGGUUGAAAAUUAUGUCAAACACCAAUAUCAGGAAACCCAGUGCAUGUUCGACCACUCCAUCAACAACUAUUCUGCGGGAAACAGUUAUAUUUACUUCUAGGCCCAUGUUGAUGUUUGCCCAGCCCCGUAGAGCAUAUAAAACAGAGCGCCUGACAACAGCUACCUAUCAGCCCACUAUGUUUUCACCUGUUUCUUCAGCUGAAGACAAGGCACACAAAUAUUUCCCCAAAACCUGGAUAUGGGAUUUGUAUUCUAUAGGUUCCAGUGGGAACAAGAAUGUUACUGUCACUGUGCCUAACACCAUCGCAGAAUGGAAAGCAGGGAUGUUCUGCAUAGGACAUAACGGCUUUGGGCUUGCUCCAACCUCCAGCCUGCUUGUUUACAAGCCCUUUCUUGUGGAGGUCACACUGCCAUCUUCUGUGAUCCAGGGUGAGACUUUCAUCUUGAAGGCCACAGUCUUCAACUAUCUGCAGCAAUGCAUGAAGAUCCAAGUGAACCUGGAGGAGUUCGCACACCUCCAGCUGAAGCCAUGUGAAGACUGUGUCUACAGCAGCUGCUUAUGUGCCAAAGAAGCUAAGGCCUUUCAGUGGAGUGUCACAGCUGAGCAACUGGGACUCAUGAACAUCACCCUCAGUGCAGAGGCUGUGGCCACCGAAGAGCUCUGUGGCGCAGAGAUACCUUUUGUCCCAAAACAAGGACAGAAAGAUAUGAUCACCAAACUCCUCCUAGUCCGGCCAGAGGGAGUGUUGGUAGAAAAGGCACACAGCUCCAUCCUGUGUCCCAAAACAGGGGAUCUAGCACAGGAGUCUGUGUCCUUGAUGUUGCCUCUAAAUGUGGUUGAAGGUUCAGUUGGAGCCACAGUUUCAGUCACUGGUGACCUCAUGGGGACAGCACUGCAGAACCUGGACCGUCUGGUACAGAUCCCUCAUGGUUGUGGGGAGCAGAACAUGGUGCUAUUUGCCCCUGUUGUCUAUGUGCUGCAGUACCUGGAGAAGACAAGGCAGCUGACUGCUGAGAUCGAGGAGAGGGCAACAGGAUUCCUGCGCAAUGGGUACCAGAUACAGCUGCAGUACCAACACCCUGAUGGUUCCUACAGUGAAUUUGGUACCAGGGAUGAGUAUGGUAAUACUUGGCUGACUGCAUUUGUGGUUAAAUGCUUUGUCCAAGCCAAGCCAUACAUUUUCCUGGACAAUAGGACCAUCCAAGCCGCUCUCACCUGGCUAGAGUCCCACCAGCUUCCCAAUGGUUGCUUCAGAAAUGUGGGCCAACUUUUCCACACAGCCAUGAAGGGAGGUGUGGAUGGGGAAGUCCUCUUGGCUGCCUACAUCACUGCUGCAUACUUGGAGGCAGGAGAGACACAACAGAGUACAGCUGUGUACAAGGCUCUGGGCUGCAUCACUCCUUCCCUUCCCAAAGCUGCCAGCACUUUUACCCAAGCGCUGCUGGCCUACACCUUCGCCCUUGCUAAGGACUCUCAACGCACACAAGAGCUACUUGAUAUACUGGAUCAAAAGGCAAUCAGAGCAGGUGGGCAAAUCCACUGGAGUCAGACAUUGUCCAAGUCCAGACCCAGCACCAGCCCUUGGUCACAGCCACUGUCUGUGGAUGUGGAAUUGACAUCCUAUGUCCUCCUGGCCCUCCUUUCCAAGUCAAAUGUCACAGGGUCUGAUCUCACCACAGCCUCUGGCAUUGUGGCCUGGCUCACCAGGCAGCAGAAUGCGUAUGGAGGGUUUGCCUCAACACAGGACACAGUAGUUGCCUUGCAAGCCUUGGCUAAGUAUGCAGCGCUGACAUACAGCACAAAAGGGGCUGCAGAAGUGACAGUGAGGUCCCAGAGAGGCUUUGGGAGGGAUUUCCAAGUCUCCUACCAGAACCGGCUAUUGGUGCAGGAGGCAGCACUGACAGAAGUCCCGGGAAAGUUCUUCCUGCAGGCCCAAGGCAGCUGUUGUGUCUUUACCCGGAUGGUGCUGAGGUAUAACACACCCUCCCCGCAGGUGUCCACAACUUUUGCCUUGCGAGUGACAACUGAGCCGGUCAAUUGCACAGAGGACGAUAUACACUCUGUUACUGUCUACAUCAAUGUCAGGUACACUGGGAAGAGAUCCACUUCCAAAAUGGUGAUUGUGGAGGUGUCCCUACUGUCUGGAUUUGUCCUGGCUCCAGGAUACGAGAUGUCUAUGCAGCAAUGGCACCCUGUGAAAAGAACUGAGAAAACACAAGGAGGUGUUGCCAUCUAUUUGGACAAGCUGAGCCAUGAGUCUGAAACAUACAUCUUACAUUUGGAGCGGGAGAUUGAUGUGACCAACCUGAAGCCAGGCCAUGUCAGGGUCUAUGACUACUACCAUCCAGAGGAGCAGGCCCUGGCUGAUUAUAAUGUCUUCUGCAUCUAAGCCCACAGGGAUCUUACUACUGCAAGGUGCCCUAGGAAAGCAGGGCUGCUGCAUUAGUGCUUCUGGUAUGAUGGAGCAUAUGUCACCUGGAAAGUCGCAUCUCAGUGGGCAGGGGCAAAACUCAAUUUCAGUACUAAACCCAGCCUAAGCCAUCCUGCUCAUCCUGACAGCCAUUUCCUGGUG